AACAUAAUGGGAGGGGGCCAGCAAGUAGCUCACACUUCAUAAUCAAGUUAGUGCAAUCUGCAGUGGUGUGUUUAGUGAAGCAACAAGUGUUUAGUGAGAAGAAAAAAAAUUAAUUUAUUUUGGAAACAACUUAAAUUAGCAAAUUUAAAAUGGCCCGUUAUUUCAAAGAACAAGACAUCGAUGAGUUCCGUGAGUGUUUCUAUUUGUUUGCCCGCAGUGGCCACAUCACUACCCUGGACGAGCUGACGGUCAUCAUGCGAUCCCUCGGGCUGUCUCCCACGAUCCAGGAGCUGACUUCGUAUCUGAAGAAGAAGAACGGUCGCAUGAGUUUCGCCGAUUUCCUGGAGGUGAUGUAUCAGCAUUCGCGAGUCGAAAACCUUCCCGAGGAGGUAAUUGAAGCAUUCCGGGCUGGUGAUAAGAGCGGUCGGGGUACGAUUCCUGCUCGUCAACUGCGCCACUUGCUGCAGAACUGGGGCGAAGGGUUGUCCUUCAGAGAGGUGGACAACAUUUUCCGAGAGGCCAAUGUUAACAGCAAUGGACACGUUCGUUAUGCAGAUUUCGUACGCGUUGCCUGUGCUCCUGUGCCGGAUUAUUACUAGGUCAGCCCUUCCGCUCCAGACGUGGGGGAAAACAUUCAUUCCAUCCGUACUUGAUUUUUAAUUGAACAGACGACCGCACACUUCAAGUGUCAGAAACAUUCGCGCUGUAGGCGUGUACAGGAAUACAUUAGCGGGUGCAGAUUUCAUUUUUUUUUUUGUUUUGUGCCAGUGCACAAAGCAUUAGCAUUUUUAGCACUCGAACUUUCUCUGACUAGCUGAUGCGAAUUCGGUCUUAGCUGUGUUUUAUUGUUUAUCGUGAACCUUGUACUACAGUAUUCAAUAGUUUUAAUAAACUGAUUAUCACAUCAUUCGCAACAUAUGGA